AUGAGUGUUCCUCAUGACCCCAACGCCAAGGAAUGUUUCCCAGGCGCACAUCUUGUGCAGCACACAGCUGUCGCUCAGCUGAUGGCGACCUCUCCAGAUGAUCCGCCCCGAGCAGUCCCUGUACUCAGCUGUCUUCCACAGGAGUGCAGGGUGUGCCUCGAUACCUAUGACCAGUCGGAGAAAAGGCCCAAGGUGCUUCCAUGUGGCCACAGCUAUUGCUCCAUUUGUGUGGAUGACUUGGUCAAGGAGUACUCCCUGACCUGCCCCAAGUGCCGUGCCCGGUAUGCUGUCUCAGAUGCAUCUCAGUUCCCAUUUGCAUAUGACCUAGAGGAAGUGCUCAGCAAGAUGAGGAUGAUCCCGACAGUGACAACGACGGCUAAGGCCCGACCAAAGUCAGGGCGAGGAAUUAGUAGAAAGUUGAACUCUCUGCGGGAGGAGCAAGAGAACACCAUACUCAACAGCACCUCUGACUGCGAGGAGACUCUGUCCCAGCUGCAUGGGUACAACAAUGAUCUGGGGGAGUGGGUGACAGACCAUGAGGAGCUCAUUAACAAACUCCUUUACAUGAUAAACCUACACAAGAAAGCUCAGCAGCUUUUAGAAAAAGAGCAGGACAGAGUAAUGGAGCUGCAUCAGACAGGUAAGCAGCAACAGCAGGUGCUUAGGAUGGCAGAAGACUCACUUGUAGCGGCCAGGACUGCAAAGGAGGUGGUCACUGCUAUUGACCGGGCUGACCGGUAUCACUUGGCAGCUGAGGAGUGGAUUCAGAAGUGCCAGAGCCUUUUCCCAGAUACUGAUACUGUUCACAUGUCUAUUAAGGUUCGGGCAGCCACCAGAGAGGCCUUAGAGCUGAUGAUGCAGGAGGCGAAUCGGGAGCAGACAGGCAGCUCCAUCGUCCCCCAAGCUGAGAAAGAUGCCCUCAUGCAAAUCCCAGGUGCUUCAACCACAGCAAAAGCAGCCAGUGGUAAUGCCUCUGUGCCUAUGCAAAUUGUAGAUGACAAUGAGGCCUCAUCCAUGGACCUAGUAGACAGUACUUUCUCUUCGCCAAAACCUUCACUGUGCGGCUCCAUUCACUCCCCCGUGCCGGAGCCAACAUCCACCAUCCAGAAUAAGGUCAACCACAUAAAAAAGUCGGCAACAAGGGUGCUCAGGGCUGAGAGUCUCCAGACUGACAGACAUGUGAAAGCCUUACUAAACCUGGGGGAGGUGUAUGCCGUGCAGGAGCAUCAGGGUAGCCUGCGCUCCGCCAAGAUCACCAUCCGGCAAGGAAUGAUCUACCUCCACCACCUCCAGCCCUACCCCCCUCCAACUCAUGCCUACACUCUCCCUCACAAUAAGGUCAUAGGUCUCCUUGAGCCCUCUUCCACCUUGGCCUUCCUAGACUUGGCUUGGCCGGGAAUGCCAUGCCAGAGACUGCACAUCCGUAUGGGUGCCAACAACCUAUGGAGCACACAGUUCGUCCUCCUGUGCACGGGUGAAUGGGGUCCGACCUAUGCCAACACAAAGAUCCUGGAGGUAGAACGCAAAGACAAGCCUGGGGAAUGUCUGGUUGGAGGUGAUUAUGAAAACAACAAUGGCAGUGGUGGGUGUUCCAUCAUGUCAGAGCUGGAGCGGGAUGGGCACAGCUGGCUGCCCGACACCACCGGGGCAGUUGUAGCCAGAUGGGGCAAUGACAGCCAUCGUGGGGCACAGUUUGGCAUCAGGACCAGAGACUACACUGUGCUGACAGUCCCUACUGCUAUUGGCUUUGUGGAAAGUGGCUUGGACGUUUUGAAAGCUGCAGUAAAUCUGCCUGAUGUAAGCUGUGUGACUAUAGUCGACUGUGGUGUAGUUAUUCCCCGCUGACCCAGCUUGACUGUAUCUUCCUGAUGCGAUUGUCACAGACAUAAUUGCAUUAGAUAAUGUUCAAAGUACACUGAAUCCUAAAAUGUACAAGUGUUUAUCAAACCCAUCACCAUCAUUGCAUAUAUUCUCAGUAAUGUGAUACAUCAUUAUGGGUUUGCAUUUAUAAUGAUAAGAAAUCAUCCUAUACUCUUGUUGAUUAAGAUAAAUUUUAUAUAGCCUAUUUUUUUAACUUUAAGGUUGAAUUUUGAAUAUGUCCCAGUUGUAAUUUAAAGAAAUUAUAUGUACUUGUAGAUCCUGGUGCUACGCAGGAGAGUAUGUUCAGAUUUUGAUGUAGAAGUAUAUUGAAAUUAAUUCAGUUUCAUAGAUUAUGUUAAGGACUCCAAUUCAUGCUUAUUGUGAGGUGUAUAGUGAAAAUCAGAAUCAAAUUUUCUUACUUAUUUUGUAGCUGAACAAAUACUAUUGUAAAAUACUGAGCAUUUAUUAAUGAUUUUCAUCAGCUGUCAUAUUACCACACAUUGCAAAUUUUGUCAUCAUAAAUGUAUGUAAGAAUCAGCUUAAAUUACAAUUCCCGAGGCGAGGAGGACUGAACGUCAUGCUUUUAAGUAAAGAUUGCUUCCUCUGCUUGCAGUUGAGACAAGGCUUUGAAUCUUUGUAGGACAAUUUAGUUGUUUGGGCAUAUUUAAGUAAUGAUCACUCAUUUUGUCAAAGAGAAAGGGGAGGUCUCCCCAAAAAUGUGGCUUUGGGUCCUUAAGAAAAUAACAUAUAGUAUAGAGUGUGUAUAGCCAUUAUCAUUAGCUUGCUCUGUCAGGAUUUCAUAGGACACAUCAUCAAAAUGUAUCAUGGAAUGAGUGCAAUUGUAGUUCAACACAUAGAUGAUUAUUAAUUAUUUGUUACAGUACAUUAGACACAUGUACACAAAAACACAGACAUGCAUUCACACACACAUAUAAACACUUCCACAUGUGUGCACACACACACACACACACACACACACAC